ACUUUCUAGUUUCUUACAUAAACAAAAUCAUGAAAAUGGAAACUCUUUUGAUACGUAUCAAGUUUUUAAAAUAGCCCUGUAGCAUAAGCAGCUAUCGAGAGGAUCAUCAUUAAGUGUGAAGUUAUGAAUUCAAAAAGGAAAAGGAGGAUAGAAAGCAUUAAAAAUGCUGAAGAUAUAUCAAAAAAGUCAGCAAAAACUAGCAAAGUUGAAUCCUCAACCUCAUGCUCAAAAUCAGAGAGAAAGAGACUAAUAAAAAGUUUUUAUGAUCAAGACUGUGAAUCUCUUGCUAAAGCAUUAUUAGGAAAACUUCUGGUAACGCAUUGUAAAGACUCAGGGAAGAAACUUAGUGGUGUUAUAGUGGAGACAGAGGCAUACUUAGGGGGCGAGGACAAGGGGGCCCACUCCUUCAAUGGCAAAAAGACGGCCAAAAAUGAGGCCAUGUUCAUGGAGCCCGGGACUUGUUACGUCUACAAUAUAUAUGGGAUGUAUUGCUGUAUAAAUAUUUCUAGUGAAGGUGAAGGUGCUGCUGUAUUGCUUCGAGCCAUUGACCCAGUUGAUGGAAUAGACCAUAUGCAGAAAAUCAGAUCACAAAAGUCCAAAACAAUAACAAAAGAAAAGGACCUCUGCAAUGGACCAUCUAAACUCUGCCAAGCUCUGACAAUCAGCAAGGAUAGAUUCAACAAGACCGACCUGACGGAAGCGGAUGAAAUUUGGCUGGAGGAUGGGGAUGUUGUGCCCGAGACACAGAUAGUAAAAAGUGCCAGAAUCAAUAUCGAUUACGCGGAGGAGUGGGCAAAAAAGCCAUUGCGAUUUUACGUCCUUGGAAACAAGAGUGUUAGUAAGAGGGACAAAAUGGCAGAGGAUAAAUUAAAAGAUUGAUGGAACUUAUUUCAUAGUUACUAUAAUAUGCAUAUCAUAGCGGACUUCACCCACUGGGCUCACAUGCACUUCUUGACCUUGGAAUGACUUGACUAAUGUUGAAAGACUUUAAUCUCGAUUGAAGAGCUUGAUUAUGGUGGCAUUUAUGUUUUACAAACAUUUGUUUUCUCUCCAUACAUGUAUGUACACACACAUUCUGACACCAAGCCUAAGUGAAAUCUGUGAUGAAAUUAUUUUUACACACUUUAUCAUGUUUUGUACCAAGUUUUAGUUACAUAUGAUACCAACAAAGCAAAACACUUACAUAUAUUUUUAAAGCAAUUACAAAUGCAGUUUAUGUUGACUUGUGCUGUGCCUGUGCAUCAUAGACUCCUUAUUAAAUUCAUAGAUUACA